GGUUAGGCAAGUAGAGGGAGGUUCUGUCGCUGUUUACGUCUCAUUAUGGUGUACUCGGUUUGUAAAUGGUUAGUAUGAAUUGUUACUCAGUUUUACAAAACAAAUGCAAGUGAAAAGUAAGCUGUGUAAUAACCCAAAGUUAUGCUUUGUGCAUAUUGUGUAUUUUAUGCCGUUUAAAGCCCCUGUGUAUUGCCUUGGGACGACCUAUUUUGGGAGCAAUUAAUUGUGUCCGAGGGUAUGCAGGAAUAUUUUAACAUGUAAAAAACGUUCGGGUUACACGCUUCAGUCAUAUAUCCUGGGUGAACUCAAACCAGCAUGUGCUAACUGAACCAGUGCCAUGAGCAAAGACAAACCUAUAAUUAGGGACAAGAAAAAAGGUAAUAACGGAAAUGUGCCAGUGUCAGGAAAUGGGGGAGAAAACGGGUCAGGGAAUAUGGGAAGCGGUAGUGAAUCUAGUGUCGGAAUCAAAUCAGAACCAAUGGAGAGAGAACGAGAAAGAGGCGAUGAGGAGGUGAAGGAGGAACCACCGGCGGCGUCGGAGGAUCCUCAAGCGACGGAGCACUCGGAAGAUGGUGCACCAACGGAUGUGAAGCCACCGGAUCUCACAUUACCUGACCCUAAAACUGAGGAAAACCAGUUGCUGGACAACCCUGUUUCCUGUAAAUCACUUAAGACUGAAGAUGGUGCUAAUCCUGAACCCGAUUUCAGUAACGAAGGUUGUGAGAACGUGCUGGGACUGUCACUGCCUCCGGACGGAGGAGUUCAGCCACUACCUAGCAAUGUCAUCAACAAACAGCCAGCCACCAUGGAGGCGCAGUACAUGCAGCAACAAAGUCAGAUAUUCGUGUUCUCAACAGCGUUGGCCAACAAGUCAGCUGAAUCUGUACUCCAAGGCCAGUUCUCCUCCAUCAUUGCCUACCACUGUGCCCAGCCCCGCACCAAGAAGUUUCUUGAGAAACAUCCCCUGAAGAUGACCCAGUUCAACAGGCAGAAUCCGGCGCAGUGGCUGAAUAACCUGGCGCAGAUGAAGCAGAAGAGUGCGCCGGGAGGUAUCAAAUGUCAAGGCAUGGGUAGAGGCAUGAAGAACAAUCUCAUGAUGGACGUAGGCCUUGGAAUGGGGAACAGGAUGCCUCUCUGGAAUCAGGGUCCGAACGCUAUGAGUGGUGGUGGAGGUGGCAACCUAGGCAUGACUCCGCAGAUGAAGCCAGAACCUCCCAUGCUACCAGGGUCUCCUGGCCCCAACAUACUCCAGGGAGGGAUGAUGCCUUCCCUCAGUGAGUUCACUGACGACUCCAUGGCUUUAGGAGCUCAUCAUUCCUUAGCUGGUGUGAAAGUGCCUGAUGAGAACCUGACUCCACAGCAAAGACAGCACAGAGAAGAGCAGUUGGCGACACUAAGGAAGAUGCAGCAGAUGUUGUUUCCGGAGCAUCACUCUCCCAGUAGUGGAGACCCCAGCAACCCUCAACCCUCGGAUCUGGACCAGGUGACAGGCUUGACUGAUACCCCAGACCUCAUGAUGAACCAUAAAAACCAACCCGUUGUCAGUCAAGCCGACUGGCAGAAGAUUCAGAUGCAGUUUUAUGACGGGAAGAAGAAGAAUAAUGGUUCGUCGAAUCAGCCUAAUGCGAAUCAUAAUAACGGAUCAAGAGGACAAGGACCUCCCCCUCCUUACCACCAAGUGACUCGGUCUGCUAGUGUGCCUGUCGGGGAAACUCCGGGUUCUCCGGCGAACAAUACAUCCAACCUCUCCCUCCCGUCCCCUCGUACCUGCAGCCCCACGGAGAACAAGGUCCCUGCCGUAGACUCGCCAGGUCCCCCCCGCUCCAACCCAGGCACCCCUGCCUCUACACACCUGUCACCCAAGAAGGAGAAGCCCAAUGGAAACAACAGCGUCGUAGGAGAGUUCUCCCCCACUAGCAAUAUGUCCGCUCCUACGAGUCAGCAGUCUCCAGUGGACAGUUUGUUCUGCCGAUCGCUGCAAUCAUUAGCGCAACAAAAGCAGCCUUCGUCUAACUCCACUCCUACAUCGAAGGAGCCCAAUCUGAUGCCGGUGCCUUCCCCUCAGCAGAUUCAAUACCUAAACACCUUUGAAGGCCAGGAAUUGACCAUCCAGAAACAACCUAAUACCAGCCUCAAGGAAACUAACAUUAUGUCACCAUCGUUGCCUCAAAAAAGUGUUGAAGGUGUGCUGGCAGGAUCCAACACCGAGAUGAACACUAAAGUAUCUGGCAGGUCUACGCCUUUGACUCCUGUCUCCAUGGAGUUGGGAGUAUCGAGAUACACAGGGACUCCAGGGGAGUUCACGACGAGUCCUCAGCCUGCUGGAGACAAGCCUGGGUCUAGACCCACACCCUCGGAUCAGAGGUUCUGUCCUAGUCCAGGACAACUCCAAGACUCCAUAGCAACCUCAAGGUUCAACAUGAUAUCCUCUUCUCCUGUCAUAUCCAAUAGUUUCAUGCAGCAACAACAACCCAAACAAGGCCCCGGUACUGGUCCUGGCCCCGGUCCUCAUUUCAUGGACAUUCCCUCACCGAACAAGAACUGCGGCGUGGAACCUAUAAAAGAUCCCGGUGGAAACUAUCCCUGUAUCGGGCCAGAUAAUAUUCCUUUGAAUCCAAAUGGAAUGACGAGGAUAUCUGUCGGCAACAACAAUAAAGUUUCUCAUUUUGAUCCAAUUACAUCACUGGCACAAAUGAGCCAACAACUCACGAACAAUGUCGGUAGUUCACCUGUCAACCAAUCAGGAGGAAUGAUUGGACCUUCGCCAGGAAUGCAUCCGGGUAUGAUGCCCUUCAAUCACAGUGGUCCGGGCAAUAUGCAUAUGAUGCCAAUGAAUGAAAUGAACGUCUGCUCGGGACCUGGGCAAGAAAUGGGUAACCCGGGAGUGGGCGUUAGAAUCAAUAACCCUCAAAUGGGUACACAUCCUCAUUCGUUCAGUCCUGGUGCGGUAGGUAACGGAGGAGGAGUAGGGGUGGGAGUCGGACGGAUGCCGUGUCCGUCUGUCUCUCCCAAACCCAACAUGAUGCAAGGAGGGUACAACGGACCUAGAAUGGUUCCUCGACCUCCAGUACCCAAUUCCUACAAUGGUGCUAAUAUCCAAGUAAAACCUAGCGCCCCUAACACGAUACAGUACCUUCCCACACGACCUCAACCCGGCUCUGCAGGGCCCCGUGGACCUCCUAGCCUCGAGUUUCUGCAGCGCUUUUCAAACCCCCUCUCCAAUCUAGAAGCCAAGGUUCCGACUCAUAAUCUACAAUAUUUCCCCAACAAUUUCCAGCAGAACAAUUCACCCAGCGGAGAUAUCUUGGGUAACAUGAACUGUGGAGGUAUGGGCCAAGGACCUGGGAACGUGAUGCGUGGGCCUCUGAGAGGAGGCUCUGGUGGUAUGAUGAGAGUCGGAGUCCCUAACAUGGGGCCCAACAUGGGUGGGUUUGGAGGAAAUGAGCAGAUGUUCCCCAAUCCUGGAGGAUCUAGCUGUCAAAUGUUUGUGCCUAAUUCAAAAGGAUCUCCUCUAGGUAUGGGUGGAAUGGCUCCUGAUGCCAGUCAACCUCUACCCCCCUCCAUGGGCCAAGCUAACAACUUCAAAAACUCGUCAUUCAUCGGUCCUACUACAGCUGACCCUAACUACGCUCAACAGUUUCACAAUUUCCAACAGCAACUGUACGCCACAAACACGAGAAGUCAGCUUGGCAAUCAGGCGAUGGGAGCGAACCAACAGUUUUUUGUUCCCAAAUGAACAUUAACGUAGUUUGGAUUGAAACGGAUAGUGUACAUAGCUAGAUUACUUAUGACGCUUACUUGUGAGACAAUUUUUGUAAUGUACAUUUAAAAUUAAAACUAACUUUUAAAACGAGACUAUAUUUUUAAGGUUUUAAAUCGAAAAUAGAUGUAUUUUGCUAAGUCUUCGGGUUUAGUUGUGCGAAUUACUACGUUAAUAGAUUGAGCUCAACGUGCAACAGUUUAACUAGAAUAAUAAUUUUAUCAAUCAGACAUAUUUCAAAAAAGUUUUAUGUAAUGGCCAAAUCAUAUUUGAUCUGUUUAUCAUUGUGUUGUUUGAACUUUGAAGAUGAUUUUAUUUUAAUUUAAUUUUAAAUACAUGUGUUUUAUUGUUGUAAUAUUGUCUUUUGUGUUUAAUUUAUUUAUGGUUUUAAUCCUUGUCAUAAUUUACAAAGCCCUCAUUGGCUCAAAACCCAAAUUAGCUGUUAAGACAUAUCAAUUGGCAUUAUUAACAUUGCGGCAAGUUGAUUUUGUCAAUAUUUACAUGUUUUUUUUUCUAUUGUCUAAUUUCUGUGAUAGGUAGUUUUUAUUGUUGUUAUCAUAUAUGCAAAACAUAAUUUUACAGUUUCACAUUUGUUUGUAAUAUUAUAGAAUAUUUAGUCUCUUUUAAACUGUAUUUAACCUUAUUUAAAGAGUAUAAUUUAAACCUUGUUAUCUAAUAGUUCAAUCAAUUUUAACAGAUUAUAUAUUUUAAUACUGUUUUAUUUAAUUGCUUCUCAAACAAAGUAUGUCAAUCCAAGAUCUAAAACUUUCUACUGCAUGUGAAAUUACCUGAUUUUGUAGGUAAAUCAAUAAGUUUUGUCCUGAACAACUCUUUUAUAAACAAAUAAUACAUUUUAAACUUGAAAUUCAAGCACUGUUUAUACAUAAUAUAUUUGUUGUAUCAAUUUGAAAAGCAGUCUGAAUUGUUUGGCAGAAUGAUACUUACAUAAUAUUUAGUACAAAAAACUUGAGGCUUUUUUUACAUAAUGUAUUUUGUAUGUAUAACAUCAAAUUUCUGUUUACAUAAUUAAUUUUAAGGUUAACUUUACGUUUUUAAUAUAGAAUUUAUUUUUAGGCUUAUGUUAUUGUUUUAUAAUGUGAGUUUU